UUGCAUUAUAAAUAGAGUGAAGACAAUGUGUUGUGAGUCACAAGAGCUAGCAUUCUAUAGUUUAUUAUUCUGAUAAGAAAUGGGUUGUAAGUGGCUUUUGAUGUUGUUGCUAGUAAUAAAGUUGGUUUGUUUGGGCGAGGGGUGUUGGGAUGAAGAGAGAACUGCUCUUCUACAACUUAAGUCUUUUUUCAAUUAUGUCAAUUCUUACAAUUGGGUGGAGAAUUCAAACUGCUGUGAAUGGAAAAGGGUUGUGUGUGAUGACAUCACUGGAAGAGUCAUCCAACUCUAUCUUUAUGCAAAUUUCGAAUCAGAAUUGGAAAAGAGCUGGUACCUAAAUGCAUCAUUGUUUUCUCCCUUCCAACAACUACAAAGUUUGAACUUAAGGUUCAAUAACAUAGGUGGUUGUAUUGAGAAUGAAGUUGCAGGUUUUGAGAGGCUAUCAAAGUUAAGAAACUUGGAGGAGCUAGUAUUAAACUACAACCAAUUCAAUAAUAGCAUUUUAUCAUCUUUAACUGAUCUCUCCUCAUUAAAAUAUUUGGAUCUAAGUCAGAAUAAUUUGAAUGGGAUUAUUAAUAUUCAAGGUUUGAGUAGCUUGGAGAGACUAGAUUUAAGUCACAACAAUUUCAAUAACAACAUCUUAUCAUCUUUGGGUGGUCUUUCUUCAUUAAAAUCUUUGAGUCUAAUGGAUGUUGGAUUGAAGGGAAGUGUUGAUAUUGAAGGAUUAUAUUCCUUGAAAAACUUAGAGGAGUUGAACAUGGGGGAGAAUAACAUUGACCAAUUUGUCAACUCCAAAGAUCAUAGAGGUUUGACGAAGUUGAAUAUCCUCUAUCUAUAUGAUAUUGAAACCAGCGAUGCAAGUGUUUUUGUACAAUCAACAUUAAAUUCAUUCCCAUCUUUGAAGAUACUCGACCUUUUAUAUAAUAAUUUUAAUAGAACAGUCAUUGUUCGAGAGUUGCACAAUUUAACCAAUUUAGAAGAAUUGUGGUUGGAUGGAUCUAAGCUCCAUAUAAGCUUUCUACAAAUUGUUGCGACUAUUUCUUCGCUGAAACAUUUAUCAAUGGAAUAUUGUGAAUUCAAUGGCUUCUCAUAUGAUCAAGGUCCAAUCGCUUUCAAAAAUUUGGAAAGUUUGUUCAUGGAUUGGAGCACUCUCAACAACAGCUUUUCUAAAAUAUUUAGACCAAUAACUUCUCUCAAGCAAUUAUUAUUGUCUGAUUGUGGACUCAAUGGCACACUAUAUGAUCAAGGUGUGUGUGAGAUGGUUCAUUUGCAAGAGUUGGAUAUUACCGACAAUAAUUUAUGGGGUACCUUACCUUCAUGUCUUGCAAAUUUGACUUCACUUCAACAAUUAUAUAUUUCUUCGAAUCAAAUUACUGGAAACAUCUCUUUGUCUCCCCUGAAGGAUCUUGCAUCCAUCAAAGCUCUUUACAUUUCAGACAAUCUUUUUCAAAUACCAGUUUCACUUAAUUCAUUUUUUAACCUUUCAAACCUCAAAGAUUUCGAGAGUGAAAAUAACCAAUUAUAUGUGGAGACCAUGUCAGAUUCCUUGAUCCCAAAGUUUCAAUUAAAUUUCAUAACGUUGUCUGGUUAUGGAAAUGUUGGUGUUUAUCCCAAAUUUCUUUAUCAUCAACAUGACUUGCAAUACAUUGACCUCUCUCACAUUAACUUGGGUGGAAAUUUCCCUUAUUGGUUAUUGCAUAACAAUACCCAAUUGAAAGCACUUUAUCUAGUUAAUAAUUCUCUUUCAGGAACUUUUCAUGUGCCUUUUAAGGCCAAUUUGAAUUUAACAUUAGAUGUAUCCUUCAAUUUCUUUCAUGGACAAAUUCCAAAAGAUAUCGGUGCAAAACUACCAAACCUAAUAUCUUUAAACAUGUCUAGAAAUAAUUUCAGUGGUAGCAUUCCAUCUUCUUUUGGUGAUAUGAAGUCAUUGGUAGAUUUAGACUUAUCCAACAAUAACUUAUCUGGUGGAAUACCUGAACACUUAACCAUGGGUUGUUUCUCACUAGAACUACUUUCACUAUCAAACAAUAAUUUGCAAGGUCACAUCUUCUCCAAUAAUCUGAAUAUGACAAGAUUGUUCUGGUUACACUUGGGUGGAAAUCAUUUUAGUGGAAAGAUCCCAACAAGCUUGUUGAACUGCUCCUCGUUAGCAGUAUUAUAUCUCAAUGAUAAUCAUCUCUCAGGUAAGAUCCCAAGAUGGUUUGGAAAUCUAUCAAUUUUGGGUGAUAUAGUGAUGCCUAGUAAUCAACUUGAAGGUCCACUUCCGAAGGAACUAUGUCAAUUGAAUUAUCUUGAAAUUUUGGACCUUUCAAAUAACAAUAUCUCUGGAAGUUUACCACCUUGUUUUGGCUCUGUAAGCUUCAAACAACUUCACUUGUCAAGAAAUAGAUUAGAGGGAUGUCUAAAAGAUACUUUCUACAUUAAUAAUUCUGUCUUGGCAGUCCUAGAUCUUAGUUAUAACCUCUUAAAAGAGAAUAUUCCAAGUUGGAUUGGGAAACUCUCUUCUUUAGGUUACCUGAUUUUAAGUAACAAUAAUCUUGAAGGUGAGUUACCUACUCAAUUAUGCAAUUUGGGAGAGCUACGCUUAAUAGAUCUUUCAAAAAACAAUCUUCAUGGUGAAAUUCCUUCUUGCUUAUAUUUUACUGCCCUCUAUGAAGGAAAUGGGAAUGAUACAAGUUUAACUUUUGCCUUUGAUGAUGGAGGUGCUUUUGGUAGUCCAAAAUGGCUUCCAAGGGGAAGUGAAGAAUCUAUAGAAAUCACAACAAAAGGAUCAAUCCCAACAACAUUCUCAAAUCUCAAACAAAUUGAAAGUUUGGAUCUUUCCCAUAACAAUCUAAGUGGAAAAAUUCCCCUUGAACUAGUAGAGAUAUAUACUUUGUCUGUUUUCAGUGUGGCAUAUAAUAAUUUGUCUGGCAAAACACCUGAAAUGAUUAGACAAUUUGCAACAUUUGAAAAGAGUAGUUAUGAAGGAAAUCCUUUUCUUUGUGGAUUGUCAUUGAACAAAAGUUGCAACCCAUUGGAAUCAUCAUCGUUGGCACUAAAAGCUUCAACAAGUUGUAUAGAAGAUGAUAAUGAUAUUGUUGACAUGGAUAUUUUCUAUAUAAGUUUUGUGGUGACCUACAUAAUUGUGCUAUUAGCAAUGGCUGUAAUUUUGUAUGUAAACCCAUAUUGGCGACGAACUUGGUUUUAUUUUAUAGAGACAUGGAUGCUCUCUUGCUACUAUUUUGUCAUUGACUCUUUUGGACAAUUUCGUUGUUGA